AAGAACUAAACUCGUUGACCUGGAGUUGAAUCUUUGGUGUGGUGUAGUUACUGUGACGAUUUACGUCAAGUCUGAUUUCUGUUACAUAUUUUCAAUUACAGUUUCGUUAAAAUGAAUCGAGACACCGAAGAUGUUCAUAUGGCAGAUGAUGAGGAAUGUGUAGAUCGUAAAUUUCAUACUAACAGCCAGAAACCUGUGUUGUUUACAUUAAAGAAUUGGAACGCUGUAGCAAUGUGGAGUUGGGAUGUGGAAUGCGAUACCUGUGCCAUUUGUCGAGUACAGGUUAUGAAUGCUUGUUUGAGGUGCCAGGCCGAAAAUAAGCAAGAUGACUGCGUUGUUGUGUGGGGUGAAUGUAACCACUCCUUUCAUAAUUGCUGUAUGUCUCUCUGGGUGAAAAAAAGUAAUACAUGUCCCAUGUGCCAACGAGACUGGCUUGUUCAAAGAAUAGGGAAAUAAUUUCAAGUGUACUUCAUGGCAAAUUUGUAUUUAUUGUACACUAUGUAAAUAGGCGACAUUUUUACUGCUUUUAGUUAAGAUUUAUUUGAUUGUAAAAAAAAAAAAAAAAAAAAAAAAAAUGUGCUAUGAAUAAAUUUGU